AUGAUCGAGCCCUUUUUGGGAACUUGGAAACUGGAAUCCAGUGAAAACUUUGAGGAAUACUUGGAACAACUAGGAGUGCCUGUUACAAUCCGGCACCUAGCCGCAUUAGAGAAGCCAAAAAUCAGUAUUAGCACCAAUGGGGAUAAGGUGAGCAUCAAAACAGAGAGCUCUUUCAAGAACUUUGAGAUCUCCUUCAAGCUAGGGGAAGAGUUUGAUGAAACCACAGCAGAUAACCGGAAAGUGAAGAGCAUCAUAACACUAGAUGAUGACUCACUGGUCCAUGUCCAAAAAUGGCUUGGCAAAGAGACAACAAUCAAAAGACACAUUGUAGAUGGAAAAAUGGUAGCGAAACAUACCAUGAAUAAUGUUGUCAGCACACGAGUCUACAAAAAAGCAUGA